CACAAAAGAAGAAGAAGAAGAAGAAGCGGAAGAGCGAACCGUUUACUGACGGAGAAAACAGAGGACAUUUUUUAAAAUUGAUUGUGGGGAGCAGCUGUUGUGUUAAAAGAUAUAGACCAAUCUGAUAUAAAUACUUAUUUAAAAUUUUUAAUAAUUAUGAAUCAUUUGCGAAGAUGAAACGGCAACGAAAGCGUCUGAGUGAAGACUUCUGAUAGAUGGUCCGAAACACCUACAGCGAAGUCUGAAUUCCUUAUACAGCCCAACACACCACCCCACCAUGUCUGAUGAGGAGAGGUCAGAGGUCAAGCUUGAGGAGGACGGGGGCAUGCCUCUGCUUGCCCGCCACCAGCCACAUGACUCCUAUUGCCUUGUCUAUGGCAUAUUUUUCGUGCUGGGAAUUGGCUCGCUGCUGCCAUGGAACUUCUUCAUCACAGCGAAGCAUUACUGGCUCUACAAGCUAAACAACAGUUCCAGCCCAGCCAGCCAUGAAGAGCUCCACACUAAUCUCAGCGAUUACUUCGAGAGCUACCUUACCAUUACAUCCACUGUUCCUUCAGUGUUGUGCCUAGUCCUCAAUUACCUCCUAGUGAACAGGCUGUCCUCUGAUGUUCGGAUCCUUUUCUCUCUGGCUGUCAUCCUGCUCGUGUUCAUAGUCACUACAGUGCUGGUGAAGAUGGAUGUGUCUGGCUGUAGAGAGAAGUUCCUAGGUGGUACUUUGGCCAGUGUUGCGCUGGUCAGUGGAGCCUCUAACAUUUUCAGUGGCAGCAUGUUCGGCAUCAGUGCACAUUUCCCCAUGAGGAUUUCACAAGCACUCAUAUCAGGUCAAGCCAUGGGUGGCACUUUGAGUGCAGUGGCAUCCAUAGUGGAUCUGGCUGCAGCAAGUGAUGUGACCAGCAGUGCAUUAGCUUACUUCCUUACUGCUGACAUCUUCAUUCUGUUCUGCAUCAUCAUGUACCUGAUGCUGCCCAAACUGGCCUACUCCAGGCACUACCUGGAGGCUUCCUGCGCUGGCACUGCCACCACAUCUGAUGGCUCUCUGUCCACUCCAGAAUCCACCAACAAUCCAACUGUCACCUCUGUGCCCCCUCUCAAACCCAUCAUGGGAAAAAUGUGGACACUGAGCAUAUAUGUCUUCUGGGUCUUUUUCAUCUCAAUCACCAUCUUCCCAGCUAUCUCCUCAGGCAUCCAGUCAGUGGAUAAAGACUCAGGAAGCCCCUGGAGCAGCACCUACUUUGUGCCACUCACCAGCUUCCUUCUGUACAAUGUGGCAGACUUCUGUGGUAGGCAGAUCACAAUUUGGCUGCAGAUUCCUGGCCCAACCAGCCCUGUGUUACCUAUCCUUGUGGCUUGCAGGACUGCAUUAGUGCCACUCUUUAUGUUCUGUAACUACCAGCCCCGGUAUCACCUGCACCAGGUAUUUUUUGCCCAUGACAUUUUCCCUGUGCUGUUUGUUUGCCUGCUGGGGCUCUCAAAUGGAUAUCUGGGUACACUGACCAUGAUUUAUGGGCCCAAGGUGGUGCCACGUGACCUGGCAGAACCAGCUGGUGUGAUCAUGUCCUUCUUCUUGGCAGCGGGGCUGGCGGCAGGCUCUGCCCUCUCUGUUUUGCUUGUCUACAUCUUAUGACACAACUUUUAGACCAUUUUAGGGAAACUGUUUAAUGUAGGUGUUUACAUAUAGCGCCAUCAAAUUUUUCUCAUUCAUUGACUGCUAAUUGGUUCCUCUUAAAUUUAGAUUGCCAUUUCAUAACUACAGUCUUAAACUUUUUUUAAGCCACAAGUAAAAGCUGAUUAGUCAGCCUCAUAUCAUUUGAAAUAUAGGGAAUGUGGACUUUCUAUGGCACUUUUAUAUGUUAAAUAUUAAAGAAUUUCAUAAAAAUUAAGAAAAAUCAAUUAUUAUAGCUUUUCUUACAACAGUUGCUUAGAGUUUAAACUGGUCAUCUAGAUGGCUGCGUUUAAUCUGGAUGGUUCUAAACGGCAAUCAUCGUUAACAUCUGGGGAAUCACAUGUUGUCAAAACCAAGAAACCUUAAACUGUGGAGAGCCUGCUGUCAAAAGGGGAACGCGAUAGAGCCUGUGCUAAAAUGAGAAUAAAUAUUGACAUGGCUUUUGAGAGGUGGCUACUACUCUGAGAUCUGAAGGUAUUGAAGUCUGAUGAGGACAUGGCUUUUUUCUGUCUAACAGGUAAGACAUUUUUGUGGCUCAGUAUGUACUGGGCUGAGGAUGAGUAGCUGGUGGCUACACCAGAUACUGACUGUUACUUUUGCUAUUGACAACCCCUCCCACCACACACACACACACACUCUUGUUCCGGGACUCAAUAUUCAAUUUCUGCUUGUCAAAUGUCUGUGUAAAUUGUUCUGUCUGUUGUUGAAUGUUUUUAUGUUAAUACAAACAUUUACACACACACACACACAUAUAUAUAUAUAUAUAUAUA